GAUGCCAACUGCGAUGAACUUCUUCAUUUCACUGGCCAUCUUAGAAGCUUGUGUUUUUAUUCAAGUACUGGCACUGACGAUACCUCACUGGGCGGAUGAAGCGGCCUAUGGCAAGUACCAGGAUGCCUGGAAGCUCCUAAACCAAAAAGACGAUACAAGGUACUUUCUCCUGCAGUCAACGUUUCGCGAUAAACCACAUUUCUGGGGACGUAACUUCAAGUGUGUCACCGUUCGACAGACUCAGCAGAACCCGCAAGUGAAAGCAGCCGUUUCUAUCUUCCAGUAUGUGGGCGUUCGCAACGUAACAUUCACAGUUUCAAAUGAAGUGAAAGCUGUUACCCAAUACGGUUACACAAAGCCGAAUGCACUUGAAUACCACUUGACGGGUAACAGGAUACUUAUUGAACUUGUCAUGUUCUCCAAUGGUGGUACCUGCAAUCUCCUGAGCGUUCCGUACCAGGGUACAAAAUUGGGAUGCGAGCUUUGGGUCAUCGAGAGCAGCAUUGACAAAGUCCCCGCCUGCUGCCUCUUCAUGUUUCGUCUGCUGUGCCCAAAGAAUGUCCUGUACAACGUUUACGACAACACGUGCAAGAGUGUCCUGAACCGCAGAAAAGCACCGAGGAAAUGAAGCUGAGGCUACAAGAGACAGACGGAGGAAACUGCCAUUCGCACAUACACCUUAUAGAUAUGCUCCGACACAUGUAUAGUUUUCUAGGACGCUGGAAUACUUUUUACGCUGACAAGUGCGGCAAUUUGACGUAGUUGGCAGAAUUGUAUGGUGAUAAAUGAACGGCGCAAGAAAUAACGCAGUCUCAGACAAUAAAGGGACAAAGCAAAGGUUGCCUUCAAACCAAGUUUCAUUUCGAAACGCAGUUUAUGCGGCUUAUCCCAUUUACCUCACACGUGCAAGUCAAAACGAAAUCUAAACAAAGAGAACAUACAAAAACAAGUGAGUAGCCCAACAUUUUGUAUAAGACUAGGCCAAAAGGCAAUUUCAUGGCUACAAGCAUAACAACAGAAACACACAACCGCCCACGAAGAGAUUCAAUGCGUUUAAUUAAAUACUAUAACGCAUUUAAUGUUAUUUACCGCGUUUUGCGGCUUA